UACACAUUGCACGAAAAGCCAGUUAGUUACUCAAAAAUUACAAUAUUGUCGCCUAAUCAACUUUGGUUAAAACUGUUAAAAGCACGAAUAAAAUAUGAAAUAUUUAAAUUCAUGGUUAAAAGUUUAAAACUUGAAUUUUUAAUACACUGAUAUCACUUGUUUUCUUAUCAUCGUUACAAUCAGCACAGUUCAUUACAGUUAUCAGGAUAGCAUUUUGAGAACCAAUUGUUUGAAAUGACGUCAAAAGGCCUACAGUAGCGUUAUCUUUUGAUGGCCAAUCAAACGUGGAUAUCACAUCGCACACGCACUCGUUUCGCACAUACACUAUACACAACAGUACAACACACACAUACACAGUACUACAACUACAAACAUACAUACAACAAUAUAACAUAUUAUUAUACAGAUGUACACACACAGACUCAAUACGAGUAUAGUAUACAACACCUUUACUCACUCGCCAAUAUACGCACGGUUCGCAUACACUUACUCGUAACUCAUUACUCAUAGUCUCAUCUCACAACAUUCACAUUAGUACAUUAUACACAGACGCGCAAAUUGGCUUUUGGUGAGAUUACGUCGUGUGUGCCGUGUAAGCUCUCGUACGGCCGCCUUUGCCCAGUAGUAAGUUUACUCGGUGUUUAUUGAAUGUAAAAAAAAUAAAAUAUUUCUCUUAUUAUUUUCUUAUUAUUUUCGUCUCGUUUUGCUUAAUAGUAUUUGUUGACUUACGUAGGGUGCAGGUGCAGAUACUAGGUAAUAUGUCGUCCGACAAUGCUGUCGGUGGUGGCCAGUCAAAUUCAGAAAUGGUUAGGGGACAUAUUUUUGAUGUUGGCCCAAGGUAUACAAAUCUAUCUUACAUUGGCGAAGGAGCUUACGGAAUGGUCGUGUAAGUAUUUUCAUAUUAUUGUGGUAUGUUAAUUAAAAUAAGGGGUCCAUCAUACUACUCAUUUUAUACUUGCUCAUAAUAAUAGUUAAGUUUGGUAGAUAGUCUAAUAAUAUGCAUUCAGUAGGUACCUCAUGUUGAAAUACUUAAAUUUGUACAAUAUGUUUUCAAUUAUAGGUAGACUUCUUUUAAAUAUUUAAUCAAUUAUAUAAAAUAUUUGUGUACUCAACUAAAUAUUAUAUAACUCAUCGUUUAAAUUAUUUAACUAUAAUAUAAUUCAAAUAUUUUAAACGUCCUGUAUCUUAUCAGUUUGUAUAGAUAUACUUUUUUAUAUAAGAUUUAAUAACACUUUAAUAUUUAGUUAGUAGAUAACAAUUUUUUACCUUUUAUUACCUAUUCCAAAAAUUACAUUUAAAAUAUUAUUUACAACAUAUUUUUAUUAUUGUUGUACAGCCUACACUAAAAUCACUAUUUGCUUAAACUCUGGUGGUUCCUCAAAUUUUUAUUUCCUUAAAUUCAUGUUUAUAUAACACAAUUUGUGUAAUUUCAUUAUUAUUAUUUCUUUUUUUGAAUAAAUGAAAUCUAUUAAAAAUAGUUUUGUGUAUACUUAUCAUUAGUAAAAUUAUUUUUGAUUAUAAGACAAAUAGGUACUUCUGUGUUAUCUUGACUACCCAAAUAUUUCCAAGACUACCUGUUAGAAUCAUCUGGGUUAUAUCGACUACCUCCAUAUAGGAAUCUAUUUAUAAAUGUAUAUUCCCGCAUCGUAAUCUGUAUCAUCUGUAAUAUACAAUUUAUAAUUUUAUGUCUGUAUUUAUUUUGUAAGUUAAUUGACAGUUGUCCUAUUUUCCAUAUUGUAGUUGUUAGCAUAGGCGCAACUAGGAAGGGCUAGGGGAUCUUUAGCACCCUCAAAAAACCCAAUCAGGUUUUUUAUAGUAAUGACAAAAUAUUUUAUCCAUGUAUUUCAUUGUUCAUGAACAGAACAAAAUACAGAUUUCCCACAGACCAUGCAUGUAUGAAAAAUUAAUGUUAAAAUAAUCAUGAUAAAUUUGUAAAUAAAAGAUUUAGUAACUAUUUUAAGAGUCAUGUAAAGGGGAUUGUGGGGGCAUAGGAGUCAUAGGUCUUUAUUGUGUCCAUAAUUUUAGUACCCCCAGAAUUGAUGGUCUAGUUGUGCUUAUGGUCGUCAGUUAUUAUAAUAUACUAUACAGUACCUACAUGCUUUGUUUUGUCAACAAGAAUUUUUUUAAUUUGCUAUCGUCAGAAAAGGAAGCAACAAAACCUUGCAAACGAUCCACCAUUUGAUAGAAUUUUAAUUGAUAUUAAAACCAACUUUCCUCCACAAAAAAAAUUAUCAAUCAAAUGUUUUUUUUAUUUUUGCUUGAAAUAGUAGAUUGUUUUUUAUAAGUAUACAUUAUUUUUACCCCCGUUUUUAUUUACUAUACUAAUUAUUUAAUUUUUGCUUGCCAUUUUAAAAUGUUAACUUAAUUUUAAUCAAAUGUCAACGAUAUAAUACGAAUAUAUAAUUUUUUUCAUUAUUUAAUAAAUUGUGGUAGUUGUCGAGAUAACACGGAUCUACCAACAAAUAUUUUCACAAUUUGGUUUCUAAUUUCGAACUUUUAAAAUAAUAUUAGAUAGGUACAUGCCAUAUAUCUAUCUCAAUGUCAGCAUUUUGGGUUAGAUGAUUUAGUUAAUGUCUAAUUCCUUAUGAUAUUUUUAUUGGUUUUCGUAUGUACUGAACUGGGAAAAUUUUAAAGAUAAACUAAAAAUAUUUUUCUAUUUAAUCUUAUAUGAACAUGUACUUAUUGACUAAAAAUGUAUUGAAAUAAAAAAACGGAUUUAACAUAAUAAUGAUGUUUAUAACCUUACACUUGAGAUAUUAUUAUUAAUUUUAAUGAUAUUAUUUUUAUGGAUUACACAUAAAAUUAGCAUCAUAGAUCUUUAUUAUUUAAAUAUAUAGAAAAUUAUUUAUUUUAUAAUUCUGAAUUGUUAAAUUAUUUUUCAAGCAUAUUAAAAGUAAUUUGACAAUUUUAUAAUGUUUUCAUUUUUUAAAUUUAUUAUCUAUAACUGACUUAAUUUUAUGAGGUUUUGAAAUAUCAAGAAUCUGUUAAGUGGGUGUGAGUUUUAUGUUUCGAUCCAGCAUCUAAUUAUAAAGAGUUACAUUUUCCAUAACAAUACAGUGAUUAUAUUAACCUUUACUGGGCUAAUGUUGUUAGUGAUAGAGAGAUAUAAAGAUCUAUUUUUAUGAUUGCAUAUGUCUUCUCACUGAAAAUAUACCAAUUUACUAUAACAGUAUAAUAUGUAAAACUCAUAUUACAGAUCGGCAUAUGACAGUCAAACCAAUUGCAAAGUGGCCAUCAAAAAAAUUUCACCAUUUGAACAUCAAACAUAUUGUCAGCGGACGCUGAGAGAAAUAAAAAUAUUAACUAGAUUUAAACACGAAAAUGUAUGUAUGACAAACAAUAUUAAUAAAAUCAUUUUUUCUUUUAGUGUGGCUUUGGUCUUUAUAGCUCUAAUAAUUUAUGGUAAUAUCUUACAGCUCAAUGUGUUGAUCAAAAUAAUUUUUUUUUCCGGGUUGUUAUUAAUUGGGUGUAUUCCUUUGAACUAUGACGUAUUAUAAUUUUUCUAUAUUUCAUUCUUGAGCUACAUGUUUUUCAACUAAUAAUUUAUUCUAGUACAUCUGUUUUAUUAUUGUUAUUAUUUUUUUUUUUUGUAGAUAAUUGAUAUAAGAAAUAUUUUACGAGCUAAUACCAUUGAACAAAUGAAAGAUGUGUAUAUUGUUCAAUGCUUGAUGGAGACUGAUCUGUAUAAGCUUUUAAAAACUCAGGUUAGUUUUACUUAUCUAUUUUAUCCUAUUAAUGAUUAAAUUUUAUAUAAAAUUAUAAAUAACUACUCAUCAGAUUUGUAUCAUUUUUGUUAAGUAUCUACUGAAAAAGAUUGGGUAAGGUUAAGUAUUACUUUUUUUUUAAUGUAUGAUUCUGAGAAAAAUCAUUUAUUUGUUUGAUUUAUAUUGAAAAUACAGUCAUUAUAAUAAUUUGUAUUUUAUAUAUAUUCCAGAGACUGAGUAAUGAUCAUAUUUGUUAUUUCCUUUAUCAAAUUCUCCGAGGACUGAAAUAUAUACAUUCAGCAAAUGUUCUCCACCGCGAUCUCAAACCUAGUAAUCUGCUUCUCAACACUACGUGUGAUCUCAAAGUACAUACUUAGUAUUAUUAUUUUUAAUAUAAUUCAAAUAUUCUAAAAGUUAUUUUGUAAAGUUUUAAUUGUAAUAGUUAUAAAAUGUGUUUAAACCCUGUAAGCAUUUCAAUCUAUUUACCUCUGCGUAUUAAUUUCUGUAUGUAACCAACAAAAAUUUCCACUAAGACCUGAACUUAAUAAUCCUCAACGACCUGACCAAAUCUUAUUAUACCAAAUUCUAUUCAAAGUAUCACUCAAAUUUCAUUCAGCUAAUUAAAAGACUUUCUUCUAUCACUAGUAUUCUUUGAAGGUUAAAAAGGCAAUGGCCUAGGGACUUGCUAAAAGCAUAAUAAUAUUAACUUAAAUUUGUCAGGUGGUACUGCUUGGACCCUUCCUUUUCUAAUUUUAAGUGUCAUUGUCAAUUGGCCAUCAGGUUUAUUUAUUAUACCAUGUUUGUGUAGAUUGUAAAUAUAUUGUUUUUUUAAAAUAAAAAAAUGUAUUUAUUUAACUAUUGUAUUUAAUUAUAAUGGUGUAAUUUAAUUUCUAGAUAUGUGAUUUUGGUCUUGCAAGAGUUGCAGAUCCUGAUCACGAUCACACUGGAUUUCUUACAGAAUAUGUGGCUACAAGAUGGUAUCGUGCUCCUGAAAUUAUGUUGAAUUCAAAAGUAGUCAUUUAUGCUAACUAAUAAUUUAUAAAAUUACUAUUUAUUUUUUAUGAAAUACAUGUAUUUUUUAGGGAUACACUAAAUCAAUUGAUAUGUGGUCAGUUGGGUGUAUCUUAGCUGAAAUGUUGUCCAACAGACCAAUAUUUCCUGGUAAACAUUAUUUAGAUCAGUUAAAUCAUAUACUGGGAAUACUUGGAUCACCAACUACAGCAGAUUUAUUGUGUAUUAUUAAUGAAAAAGUAUGUAAAAAAUAUACUUAACUAAUUACUUGUAAUUUUUGUGUAUUUUGUUUUUUUUAAUUGUUAUGUAUUUAUUUUAGGCUCGAAGUUAUUUACAAUCAUUGCCUUUUAAACCAAAAAUAGCAUUUUCAAAACUUUAUCCUAAUGCAGAUCCAAAAGCCCUGGACUUACUGGAUAAAAUGCUGACAUUUAAUCCCAAUAACCGAAUAACAGUCGAACAGGCUCUAGCACAUCCAUAUCUUGAACAGUAUUAUGAUCCUGCUGAUGAGGUAUGGUUAUUGAACAAUAAUAAUAAGAAAAAACAGACUUCAAAAAUAAAAUGAGAAAUACUGAUUAAAAACACAAAAAGCUUUUAAAAUUUGAAAAAUACUUAAAAGAUUUAUUUUAGAAUCUUGAUUUCAGCCCCGCCAAUAUGUUUACACUGUUACAUCUAUGUUUCAACCUUUAAACAGAUUUUAAAAAAAUAUCUUAAAAGUAUUGCUUUUGCUUGGAAAUUUAUAUGGCUUUUUAAAUAAAAUGUAAAGCCUUAAGUUUUCAGUCAUAUAGGUCGAUUUCUUUUAUCAUGAACUAGCAUUUUUGUUAAAGGAUUUUAAGUGAAUUUAAUUUCUCUCUUUUUUCUAUAAUCAUCUUAGAAUUGUUUAACCUUUAUUUUAUUUUCAAUUUUUUAUUCUUAAUUAUUAUACCUGAAACUCAUUACAGGUAUCUAUUUUAGACUUUUAAACCGCAAACCUUCUCUUUCAAUCACAGAUUCAAAUAGAUAGUUUUUUUUUUAGGAAUUUUAAUAUACAUAACAAUAAUAUUAAAAGGAAAAGUAAUAAAUUACUUAUUUAUUUUAAAUUCUGAACGGAGCGAGGAACGUAUUGAUCUUACAAUGAUGUUUAUUUUUUUCCUGUGAACAACUACCAAAAAUUUUGCCCCCAUUUUUAAGUGUACUUUUUUUGAAAGGAAAUUUGACUGGAGUGGUAUUUUCAGAAAGUCUUAUAUUUGAGUUUCCCAGGAGUUUUCAUAACAAAUGGGUAAAACUGGGAAAAAUUAUGAAAUUUAUUAUUUUCAAAUCAUAAAUAUCGCUGCCUUCAAAAGGGGUGUAACCGAAUCCUGUUCAGAACCAUUUUUUUUUGAGCAGUUAAUUUUUGAAUACAGAUAUAAAUUAAAUUUUCUUUCUAUCUUCCCAACUUCUUACCUACAACAGGGGGCCCAGCCACUGUGCGAAGUAUGCCCAUUUGUUUUUAAAUGAUAAAUUAAAAACUACACUUCCAGUCUCAAUUUUAAUGUUAACUUAUAAAUGGUAAAUCUGAAAUAAGUGUUAUGCGUAUUUAAAAUGAAAAAUACUCUAUUUGAAUCUGCGAUCAAAAAGUAAGGGAGUUGCUUUUUAAAAAUCCAAAAGGAUACUAACUUCAGUUAAAGGUAAUAGGAUUAAAAAAUUGAAAAUGGUGUUAAAAACAAGAUUAAAUGAUUCCAUAACAAUUAAAAAAAUAGAAAUGAAAUUUACUUCAAAUCCACCAAGACAAUUUCUGUUUCAUAAUGAUAGAAUUAUAUUACUUUGUGUGUAUUUUUGUUAUUUUUUUGAAGCCUAUUUUUUAUUUUGUUAGAAAGUUUUUUAUUUUAAUCUUUUACUUAAUCAAAUGUCAAAUUAAAAAUCUAAUUUCUGCCUUAUUCAUUUUACAUGCAUUACUUUUAGACAAUGUUUCAGUUUUUUUGUAGACAUGUGAAACUAUCAUCUUAUACCUCAUAUAGGUUACUUGCGUUACCUCUUUAGGGCUACCCCUUCCUGUCCAUUAUUAAAUUUAUAAGUUGGAAAGUUUUGUAAUAUUGUAUUAAGGGUAUCAUCAAAGUCCAUAUUCAGGUUUUAAUGACAUUUUUUAGGAUUAUUUUAAAUGCACUAAUAUUCUUUUUUUUUUUUUUAAAAAAAAAACUGAUUUAUGAGAAAUGUUGUCAAGUUAUAUUUUAAUAUAUUAUAAAUAAUUCUAUGUUUUAUAGUUAAGGUCUGGUAAAUUUGUAUAAACGCUAUAUGGAUUAGUGUUGGAACUCUUGGGAUAUUCGGAUAUUUUAAAAUAUGGAUAAAAAUCAAUUUAGAUAUCCGUAACCCGGAUAUAUUUAGAUAUUCAUAUACUAUUCGGAUAAAAUUGGAUAAUUAUACUAUAAUAUAUUAAAAGGCCUUAUAUAUUAAAGUUUUAAACAAAUGAAACUCUGAGUUUGACAUUUUGGCAUGAGCAAUUUUCGCUACUAAGUAUAAUUUGUAUUAUUUUACACAUUAUUACUAUUUACCUUUAAUUCAACCUCUAGUAAAUACAUUUUAUAAACAUUAUCCUCAGUUUAAUUUACAAAUGGUUGUUUACCAUCCCAUAAUCUUUGGUGUUUUAUUCAAUUAAUAUUUUUAAACUUUUUUGUCUUGUAAAGUUUUAAAUAAUACAAUUCUCAUUUUAUCAGUGUAUGAUAAUCACAAAAUUAUCAUAUUUUUUUUAGAGAUAUAACUCAUAAUUUAAGUAUGUAUUUUUUUUAUCAGAUUCCCUCAUUAUAUCAUUGCUAUUUUAAAUACAAUUGUACUACUUUUCUUUUUCUUUUUUUGUAAUGGUGAAUAUGUGAUAAAUAAUAUAUUUUAAAAUUAGUUCUUUAUAUUUAUAUUAUUUUAAAAAUUAAAAUAACAGUAGAUUUUAAUAAUAUCAUAACAACUUAAUAGCUAAAAUUUUAUAUGUAUUGAAUAUUUAAUUUUAGAAUUAAAUAAGUAAAAUAUCCACUACUGAAUUUUUGAAUCAAUAUUUGUCUUACAGCGGUUUUAUAAAAUCAUUCUUAUGCAUACAUUUUUAAAAAGCCAAUAAUGUUAAGUUUAUCAACUGUUUUAAAACUAAUACUUUUCUCACUCCAUUUAAUAUCCUAUCAACAAUUUCUUAAGAAAUAAGAUGAUUGUAUAAGGAUUCAAAUUAACAAACACAGUGAAAACUCUUUAUAACAAAUUUUUAAGGGACCAAGAGUCUUAUUUUGUUAUAGAGUUUUUACAAUAAAGAAGGUAAUAAAGAAAGACUAAUUCAAUAAAGAAUUAAUGCCAAGGUUAUUAAAGCAACCCAACCAUUAUUUAGUAAUUUGUAAAUUACAUAGAGUUCACUGUAUUAAUAGUUUGUGAUAGCAAAUAAAUACAUUUUUUAUUAAAAUCGUUAAAAUAUAUUUUGCAGCCUAUAGCAGAAGAACCAUUUGGAUUCGUUACAGAGUUAGAUGACUUACCCAGAGAAACAUUAAAACAAAUGAUUUUUGCUGAAACUGUGAAUUUCAAACAGAACUUUUAAGCAAAGUAUGGACACUUGUUUAUAUCUUCUCACAAUGCUUUAACUCUUAUUCUUCUAAAAUUUGAAUAUUAUUACAUUUUGAUGAUUGAUAUUGAUACAUUUCUUGCUUCUUUACAAUACAUAACACCCUAAGUCUAAAAUAUUCAUUUUAGUAUUAAGUAUGACUUAAAGUAGUGAAAUUUUAUGUAUUACUAUUAUUAUAAAUUGAAUAUUUAAUUUAUAUUGUUUGAUUUGAAUCAAAUUUGUUGUUACAUAAUCAGAUAUUAGCCUUAUAAAGUAUUUGCUUCAAAGUAUAAUAUUUUUCUCUUAAAUGACAAUAUUAAAUAUUGUUAUUAUUUAAAAAAUUUAAUAUUACUUAUGUGAUCGUUUAAAGGCAAUCACUGCAUUAUGAUAUAAAAUAUUUAGUUAGAAUUUAAAUAGUGUACAUUUUUUUGUUCCCAUCUAGCCAUUUUCCAAUUCCCUGUCAUCUGUGAUAAUAUUCAUGGUACUUAUCAGUAUGUUUAUUAAUACUUUAUUAGAUGUUUAGAAAUUAAAUUGAUUUAAACAUCACAGAAUGUAAAAUUGUGUUAUUAGUUGAAUUAAGGACGGGCGAUUAAAAGAAAGUUUAUAUAUUAUACACGUUUAAAAGUUAAAAAUCUAUUUUAUUUAAAUUUUCCAUGAAAAAAAAUCAAAUAAUCUACCGAAAGUGAACUAUUUUUUAAAAUAAAGUCUAUUAAAAAUUUAAUAAAGUUCAAUUGAGUGAUUAACGUUCCUUUGAAACCAACUUGUAAAUAAUUUUUGCUAUUAUCUAAGUCUAAUAUAUAUGUUUAUUUAUUUUUAUUAAUUCAAUAUAUCUUCCAAGCUUUGAAUUUGUAAAUUGUGCUACUUAUUAAAGUAUUUUACAGUAUUUGAUAUAUCUAUUAGUUUUGCUCAUUGUAAAAAUUUAGUUGUUGAUCAACAAUAAUAUUAUUUUCUGUUAUUUGUUAAGAAUUAUUCUUAUCAAACUACAAUUUAAUAUUACAAAUGAUACUCUUAUGUGUUUUUUGUCAUUAAUUUGUUUUAAGAAUUAUUAAUUACCAUUAAAGAAUAGUAUAAUAUUAUUUA